GUUCUAUGUCGGAACGUUGAGAGGCGAGCCGCGCGCUGCCAUUGGUCGCUCGGCGGGGUGCUUGGCGUUCGGCUUCGGCCGACGUUCCAUCGCUGGUGCUGAGCGCUUCCUGCGCGGUGGCGUCGGGGUGCUGGGUGCCCGCUGCUACAGCAGCAGCGACCUCUCCGCUCCCCCCGCUUCCCCGGGUCCGCUUCCAGGUGCAAGGACAGGUUAACAAUGGCGGACUACGGCCACAAGCAGGGGAAGAGGCGGGACGAGAGCAACCUGGGCAGCGUGGUGGACUUCCUGUUGGCCAAUGCCAGGUUGGUCCUGGGCGUCAGCGGAGCGGCUGUGCUGGCAAUCGCGACGCUUGCUGUGAAGAGGUUCAUUGACCGGGCCACCAGCCCGCCGGAUGAUGAAGAUGACAUCAAAGCCAAGCAGAAGUCCUUGGAGGAAAGUUGGCAGGAGCUGAGCUUGAUCAAGACGGUGCCCAAAGUGCGGCAGGAAGACCUUGAGGAGCCACUGCUGUCUCCAGUCGUGGGUGGGACUGUGCAAGAUCCCGAAAGCAGUGUCCUGCCCUCCAAGGAGGUGGAACCGAGGGCUCGGCUGUGCCUGACCCUUCAAGAGAAGUUUCUUUCCUACUACAGGGACCAUGUCUCAGUCUCUGAGGAGGAAAAGGCUCUGGGGAAGCAGCUGGCAGGGGACAUCUGCGGAGAGCUGCAGAAAUUCCUGAAGAACAAGUACCCAGAGCUGCCCUUUGGACCCGCAUUCCUCAGCGGCUACCUUUGCGACGACCUCAUCAGCAGCGACCGCCUUGAGGUGGCCUUCAUGCUUCCGUUGAUGCUGGAACCCAGCCUUUGGCUCCUGAUCCCCGGUGAACAAACAGUUGUGAAUGACCCUUGUUUCGGGAUGGUCAGGCGGACUGGCCUGGAGUAUUUCCCGCGCGGAAGCAGCCCGUGGGACAGGUUCGUGGUGGGUGGGUACCUCUCGUCCAGCGCCAUAAACAAGACCCUCCAUAACAUGUUGGUGGCCUCUAUUAAUUGGCCGGUGAUUGGCAGCAGUCUGGAGUGCGUCAUCAGGCCUGUGAUGGAUCCCAAAGAGCUUAAGUUGGAAGUCCAGCACGCCCAGAUCCACCUGGACAUAAACCUCUGCCCCAUGGUAGAAGUGGGGGAUAAAAUCCUUCUUCCUCCAUCCUUUGUAAUAGCGGUGGAGAACCUCUGGCAGCGGAGCUUUUACGCGGCCGAGGUCUCGGCGCUGAAAGACCUUGAUGCCAGAGAUGAUGGCGUCCGGCAGGGUUGCCUCAACAUCUUGAAGGUCGUCUUCGAAAACCACCCCUUCUGGAGCAAGCUGGGCAGCAGCCACUUGACUCACGCCAUCCUACACCUGAGCGAAACUGAAACCGAUUGGUCAGAGGCAGCGUUAGCAGACAGGUGCCAGCAGGUGCUGGAGGAGCUGGUCCGGUACCUGGAGAUAGGAUCCCUCCCUUGCUUCUUCGACAGCAGGAUAAACCUUCUCGGCCACCUGGCCUCGGAGGAAAUCGAAGAGAUCGGCUACACUUUGUACGAGGCUUUAGCGGAUCCAGAUCUGGCAGCCGGACUCUGCUUAUGAACAGGCGACUCAGUGGUGAAAACUGCACUCGUCUCCUUUGGGGGUCAGAUGGCUUGGGAGCAGCUCUGCCAUCGAUGCAAUUCUUUGCACCCUGAUGGAAGUAUUCUCAAAGUAAAAUAGGGCCUGGAUUGAAAAAUGGUAACCUUUCCCUGUGUCCUAGAUAUUUCUGAAACCUAGGGCCAGUAGUGUUACUUUCCAGUGGUUGCAUCCCAUGGUACUCUGUAGGAUUGCUGAACCAGCGUGGAAGGGGGUCGUCUCCUAGCUGGUUUAUCCAUCCCUACGUAAUUGGAGCAUCGUGAAACGGACCUAUAGGGGCCAAAUAUCCUAGCAGCACCCCAAAUGUGAGGCUCCAUAAUCUGUAAUUUGUAUCUAUUGGGGCAAGUCUGCUUUACUGCACUAUGUGGAAGUCCUGGAAGAGAUGUCUGGGGUGGGUGGAGAUUUCAUUAGGCUGUUGCUGAAUCAGUGAGGAUCUCACCUUUGGUGCUAAAGCAGCUGCUUUUCCCCAUCACCACGCAGGUAGCAGAAAGUCCCCACCUGUGACUUCCAGGCCUUUGAAUGCUUAGAAUGAGCACCCCAAGGAAUUUGAGUCUCACUAUCUGCAAAUGGUUGUGGCUAUGUUCUUUGUGUCACAGUGUGACUCAAUCACUGUUGUUUUCACUCUUUAUUUUUAAAUAGGUGGCAAAAAAUAAAGUGAUUUCCCCCCACCAUUGGCCUUUCCUGCUCAGAGCACAUCCCUAAACUGAAAUGGUGGGGCUCCCUUCUCUACCUCAUGGGGUGCAAAACUACACAACUUUAUCCCCCACCC